CAUGGCGAUCAGUGGUGGAUUUUGUAUGGUGGUGCCAUCUUUAACAACAUUUCCAGGACUUAUAGUCUUCAGUGUUGGUAUCGGGUUGUUUGGCGGAUCAUUCGUUGCCCUCAUUGCAGUAAUGUUAGUUGAUGUCCUUGGUCCAGAGAGACUCUUCAGUGCAUUCGGAAUAUGUGUGUUAUUCCAAGGAGUUGCCCACCUGACUGGACCUCCAUUUGCAGGCUGGCUGCAAGAUAUUACAGGAAGCUGGAACCUGUCAUUUUACAUGUGCGGCAGUAUGCUUCUAAUAGGGACAAUCAUCCUUUUGUUUGAACCAGUUGGAAGAAAAUAUAUGGACAGAAAGUCUGAGACACCAGUUGGAAGAAAAUGUAUGGACAAAAAGUCUGAGACACCAAUAGUUUAGGGAUUUAUUACAUUAGAGAUGAAAAACAUCAAGGGUGCAUUACAGGUACAGUGGGACCAUCGGGAAAUACGAGCCAGAGGAUGACCAACAAAUGCUGUUAAAAACAUCUGUAUAUGUCAGUUUAUCAUUUUUGGCAAGGUUAUUCCAAGAAAUAAU